CACGAUGUAUGUAUUGAAUAAGGGAAGUAACUGGUAGAACUUCACAAUUUUCCCAUUUGUUCUUUCGUCAUCAGAAUAUGCGCUUGUGACGUCAUAUUCAAAUCUGCUAUGGCGGAAAGCCGUAGAAGCAAAAUGCCAACAUACGAUUCUCCACCUGUUUCAGCAAAUGGGGCUCCUCUGAAGGGCCACCCUGUGCAGAUUGUUGUUGCCUCGGACGACCACACGUUCGAGCUUGAUGAAGAGAAGCUUGAGAGUAUCCUCCUGAAUCCUUCCAUUCGAGACAAGAAGGCGGUUGUCGUGUCAGUUGCAGGCGCUUUUCGCAAGGGAAAAUCUUUUCUCCUCGACUUCUUCCUGCGCUACCUCAGUGCUGAUUGUUCCCCGGACUGGCUGGGGGAAGAGGACUCCCCACUGGAGGGCUUCACGUGGCGGGGAGGAUCUGAGCGGGAUACCACCGGAAUCCUGCUGUGGAGUGAACCUUUCAUCUGCCGUAUCCCAAAUGGAGAAGAAGUGGCUGUCAUCCUCAUGGACACCCAGGGUGCAUUUGACAGCGAGUCUACCGUGCGGGACUGUGCAACAGUGUUUGCACUCAGCACAAUGAUCAGUUCCGUGCAGGUGUACAACCUAACACAGAACAUACAAGAGGAUGACCUUCAGCACCUACAGCUGUUCACAGAAUAUGGAAGACUGGCUUUGGAAGCAAAUGAUAAUGUUUCCAAACCAUUCCAGAAUCUGCACUUCCUGGUGAGAGACUGGAGUUUCCCCUAUGAAGCUACUUAUGGUGAGGCUGGUGGAAAGAAGAUCCUGGCCAGAAGACUGCAAAUUUCCAACAAGCAGCAUCCUGAACUGCAGCAGCUGCGCCAACACAUCAGCUCCUGCUUCGAAUACAUCUCCUGCUUCCUCAUGCCGCACCCAGGCCUCAAGGUGGCCACCAACCCACACUUUGAUGGACGACUCAAAGACAUCGAGACUGAGUUCAAGGAGCAGCUGCAGAUCCUCAUCCCUCUCCUCCUGGACAAGGAGAAUCUCAUCAUCAAGGAGAUCAAUGGCUGUCAGAUCACCUGCAGGGACCUUGAGGAGUACUUCAAGGCCUACAUCAAGAUCUACCAAGGAGAGGAGCUGCCAGAGCCCAAGUCAAUGUUGCAGGCCACCGCAGAGGCUAACAACUUGUCUGCUGUGUCACACGCCAAACUACAAUACACCAGGGAAAUGGAGGAGACCAUCGGUGGUGAGAAACCCUACAUGAACCCUGACCAACUGGAGAAGGAGCACAGUCAGUGUUUGGAGCGAGCCCUGGACCUGUUCUCCAGCACUAAGAAGAUGGGAGGCCCAGAGUUCAGUAAAAUGUAUGGAGACCAACUGAAGGAGGAAUUGGAAGAGUGUUUCGAUAACUUCCAAAAACAUAACGCAAGCAAGAACAUUUUCAGUGCUGCAAGAACACCAGCGGUGUUGUUCACCGUGAUGGUGGCUUCCUACCUGCUGGCUGGUAUCCUGGGUGUUGUCGGACUUGAGUCACUAGCCAGCUUGUUGAAUCUUGUCAUGAUUGCUUUCCUUGGUAUCAUGUGUGCGUGGUUGUAUGUGCGCUAUAGCGGAGAGUACAGGGAAAUCGGAGCAUACAUCGACCAGCUGGCUGAUUUUAUUUGGGAACAUGCCUUGUCCCAGGUCUAUUCCAAAGCCGCAGAGCAUGCCGCCCAACAGGCUGCCAAGCAGGCCACGCGGAAACUGAAGAAGAACUAGCAGCGCCAUCUACUAGGCAUUCUAGAUGUAGGCUCCAGAUAGGAGCUUGUGCAUUACUAGAAGCUCCACAGUGCUAGAUGAGGAUACAAUGGACUGUUUGUAUCAGACAAUGUGACAGAUGUAACCUCGUCAAUACAGGUGCCCUCUCAGCUGUUUCUGGGACACACCUCAGUAUCUUGACAUUAGGGGGUGGCCAUGCAAAUUUUGAGAAAUAACUUCGUAAAUUAUGAGUUAUGCAUGAAAAUUAAAGGGGAACAGAUGUCAAGAGUAUGGACACAAAUUUCCUUGAAUGAACAUGUUCCAUUAAUGUUCCCACUCUAGACAGUAAUGGCUGUAUUGCGAGCUGCGGUUUAGGUAAUCAGGUGUGUGGAAAUAUCAAAAUAGUGAACUUAUCCCCAGACAAGUAAAAAGUAAAAUUUCAUAUGUGUAGUUACAAAUCCUACUUGUCCAGGUUAGUUUCUAACUUACUGCCUACGUGUUAUCAUUAUGAAGAUGAUGACUCAGUUUUUUAUUCUAAGUGGCUUUACCCACCUGAAAGUGACUGAAAGUGAUUUAUUUCCCUGUCAUUAUCAAACAAAAAUAUUUUUAACAGCCAGUGCAGCUUUUAGAAUAUGCUACGCAAUUGGCUAUUGGUCCUCUGAAAGACCAAUCGGAGAAUGCCGUCAGUUACAAUGGUCACACUCGCAAUGUUUUCAUUUGUUCAAACUACUUUUAGUACAUCUUCCAAAUACAAUUUUAAGGUUGUCCCUGGGCAACUGAAGCUGUUUAGGUUUUUUUUGUCUGGCGAUCUCGCGUAACAAAUCGGGCAUUGAUUUUCCACACCCCUGGUAAUCCAUGCCAAACUUAUUAGGACAAGCUCCUUUUUAAAUUCGCACCUGACGGGUUAAUCUGUUUACAUUAUACAUGUACAGAUGGGUUAAUUUAUUCUUUGUUUACCCCAGACAUUUCAAGAUAUUUUGUAAAACAUGGUUGUCAUAUCUCUCAUCAGCCAUAUCAACGUAGUAACCAUGGUAACGUGUCAAACACUAGUCAUACAAACAACAAACCAAACGUUCAUGAGAUCAGAGAAUUACAGAUGAUAUGUAAUCCAAUAGGAUUUAGGUAAUCGAAGAAUGUAACCAGUGCUAGUUUUUGUAUCCUGGCAUACCUGCUUGUGCCAUAAUAAUGAAACGAUGAACAGCCAGUUCUGUUUGUGAUGAUAUUGCCGUUAUACUCAGGAAAUCCUAGUUACCCUCUCCAUAGUUUUCACAUUAAGUGUAUUAACCUAGAAUCAAUGAUUCCACUGAAGAAAAACCCAUAAAGCCAGGAUAGUACAAAUUUGUAAUAGUCCAUUAGUUUCACUGUUCAUGGUUUAGUUCAGUCAGUUUGAUACACAGUACUUGCCCAUGAGACUCCACAGCUGUAGAAGUAAGGUGAUUGUACUGCAUGUACAUGCUGAAUAGGGCAAUAAGGGUAGCCAAGGGUGUACACAUCCUGUAUGUUACAUGAUGUAUGCCUGUAUGAAUGCCAUGACAAAGGUAGUAGAUCUGUGAAUUGUUCAGUCUUAGCCAUGUUGUGCUGGGCUUGCUUUAUGAGCAACUUCAUUUAAAAAAUGGCACUCAACGGGAAUUUGUAGUGGACUUCAUUGAGCUGUAUUCUGUUUCAUAGUUUUGUGUUGACUCCUACAGACAGUAGUACCAAUCCCAACUGAGCAUAUAUAUCACACUUGGAAAGUUCAGCCCUUUUGUCAACGUCACAGUUCUCGCCAUGUUGUUUAUGUAAAGAUACCAUCAGCCAGCAUUCAAUACUCACACAAUAUUCUUAUGUAAUACAGUAUACAACUAUUACCACCAAAACUAAAUUUCUUCUGAAUAUUUCAAAUUGGAGAUCUAUAAGUCUCCCACAUUCAUUUUUCGAUUACAGAACAGGAUGGUAUGAAAUAAACAUGAGUGGAUUCAUUAUUAAAAUUUCUAAACUUCUUUAGCAUGAAAAACAUGUAUAACUUUACAAAAACCCUCAAAAUAGUAUGGGCAGACUUUUGAAAAUACCUUUCACUGGAUAAAUUAGUUAAAUAUUUUCCUUGUCAGUGUAGCUGCAAUAGCCAUGUGUGUGUUUCCAUAUAGUGCCUUCCAACUGGAUAAGUCAUUGCUCAUGUGUGCUGUAGAAGAUGCUAGGUUACCUCCCCUUCUCUAUCCUGUUCCCAGCCUCCAUGUUCAAUGUUAAUCAAGUAUUAAGUGUUCAAAUAUCAGUGUUUCACUAAUGGUGCAUAUUAAUGUGUUGUGUACAUAAAAUAUUUAGUGAUAUUUGGUCUUUGUAAAUACACAAGUUAAAGGGUAUGAUAGUCUAUACAUGUACUUUCAAUUAGUGCUAUUGUUACCUGCCGUCGAUAUACUCAGAGACUUUGUAUGGCCCGUUUCAGUUUGAUGGCUUGUUUAUGACAUCAAGAUCUAGUGCUGAAGAUCAGUGCAUCCUUUGUUUCUUUGCAGAGUAAGUCUUGAUAUUAUCAAUCAACACUUAUAAUUGUUGCUUUCAUCAAAAAGGUGGCAUGUAUUAUCAAGUUUCUUUUGAAAAAACCUAUUACAAGUUGGCUGUUGAUCAUAUAGGGAAAGUUAGACCCAUGUACAUACGUGUAAAUAUUUGAUAAUCAAAAUGUUUUGUACAGUACUAACGACAAUUGUCAGGUUAUGUGUAAACGUUCCAGCAUGUACCUGCUUCAAUUGGUGAUGGAUGUAACGAAUCCUUGGUUUGUAGGUUAUUUAUUGUAGUAUGACACCGGUGGGGAAUAUUCCUUGUAAGUUACAAUAAUCCUUGAUGACAUUUUAUAAGAUCUUUAGUAACCAUUUCUGUGGACAGUUUUCUGUUUACUAACUUCGGUCUUUGUGUUCUAACAUUCUUCAAGGUCCAACAACCAAUGCUUUUGUCAGGUGAUGAGUUUGCCAGUGAUGAAUUCAUAGCUUAUAUUAUUUUGAUUUGCGCAUAUGUACAUUUUGAGUUGAUUGCCUGCUUGCCAAAUAAUGUUCCUGGAGGAAUGGACACGUGAAAAAGAUGCAUUCCACCUUUUCUAGAUUCUACAGUAACAAGCAGCAACAUGUGACUGUUGUCUUUCAUUUUCAUUGAAUGUAUUUUUAUAGAAAGGCAAUGUUUUGGGUCCGUGUCAUGCUCAGUCAUCCCAUGUUGCUUGUGAGACUGAUUGUGUCAGUUUCUGUUGUUUGUGAUGGGAUUGUAUGUUUAUUUUGUGUUCCACAUAUUUUUAUUCUUGUUAAUAAUCUUGAGUCUGCAUUACUGUGUCAGGAUGUAGGCUUGGAUUGUUUGUGUACCUCAGUAAUUAAUGGUUCAUUGUCGUAGUCGUGACUAUCAACACACUAGACACUAUCCACAAUACACCAAUACUUCACAUCUGACUUAUAUUUUACUUUGACAUCAGUCAGUCUUGAUCAUUAUCUGUCAUCUUUAUGAAGUCAAGUUAGAUUCUGAAUAUUCAAAUAAAGAUACCGUUUGUUAAAUAAGACAUGCUCCUGAAAUAGUUCUGACCAUAAAGGCAUAAUAUUUAAAAACGUUUUGUUGAAAAGAUUUCUAUUGUAAAAUAUAAUUUUCUCCAUUUCAUUAUAAUACUUAUCAAAUGAUAAUCCUUUAUGAUGAAUGUUUGAAUCUAUAAAUGAAGCACUUGGAUUUGGCCACUUCAGGUCAUUCAGAUGCCACUUUGCUUGAAUCGGCUAGCCCAAGAUGUAAGAUGUUACCCAGCAAUAAAUAAUUACUGAAUAUAGAAAGACUGUCAAUGUCCAACUUGGCAUCAGUUUUUACAUGUCAACUGUCUACCCCAUGACUGGAAUUUGGUUCCAGAUUGCGUAUGAUGUCCAUCUUUAGCUGCAUUCUGUUGAUGCUUUCAAUUGUUGAGAGAUGUGGGUGAUUGAUGUGAAAGAUCGCCCAACAACACACUGUGGGCCCUGUCCAGAAGGUGAUGGCAUGCAUUAGAGGGACAUCUUGGCAAGAAGGGCACAUCCGGUCAUGCCCACUCAUCCCUUCUGCCACACGAAGCUAUCACCUUUAAGGUUUCAAACAUUUUAUAAAUGUUUAGACCCACUUAUUUUCAAGGACUUGAUUCUUUCUCGAAUUCUGUUGUACAGAAACAACCUGAAAAUCAUGUACCUCUUAAAAAAACUGCUUCAUGAUGAUCAUCUUGUUUGACUCCAGGUUAGACCUGUUUAAAUUUUUGACACAAAGAAAGCAUCUAAAAAUCUUAAUUCAUUUUGAUGUUACCACAAAUUAUAAAUGUUUGUCAUAUAUCGGAGACAUCUGAAAACACAUUUCUUGAUAUUUAUACUGUGUCCAGUCAUGAUAUUGCCCUGGCAUUGCUGCAUUAGAAAAGAGGACACCCCAAGGUAAUUUGUCCACAAACUACAUGUGCCAUCAUUUCCUUAUAUUCGGACCAGAAGCUGCAAAACAAAUUGAGAACCUUUCCUUCAGCAACGCUAACACCGAAAUAUAUGUAGAGUAGUAGUCUAAAGUUCUCCCACCAACUGAUGUCGUCUGGUGCAAUGCAAGCAUCAGUUAUGUGACGUGAUCAUUCCAUCACUCAGGAGGUGAUUGGCUGAUCUCUGUGUCUGGUCCGAGCUAUCGCCCUCGCCUGUUUGUUACACGCACUCGGCAAAAAGGAGCUCACAUGUCAAAUGUCGUAAUGGUAUUUUUUAGAUUUAACCUAUGCAAGAUGUUUGUACCUACCUUUUGGAUGUGUUCCUUUAACAUCUAAUUACCAUUGUCGAGAAUGAAUAAAAUGUCAUCCAAUUU